GCACUGUGAUAGGAGGAGACAGUUUCAACUCCAGUCAUCCUGGUUCAGACCAUAAUUACAAAACUGCUCAAACCUGCCUCAGAGAGCCCCACAAGCCGGUCAGUUCCUGUGGCUCCAACACUGACCCAUCCUGGGCCUUUCCCCCACAGAAUGGGCCUGCUGCUACCCUUGGUGCUCUGCUCUCUAGCCCUGUGCUGUGGGGCUAGGUCUCCGCCCGGUCCGCCUGGCCCUCCCCCCCGGCUGGUCCCCCGGCGCUGCAAUGACUCAGACGUGCUGGCAGUCGCUGGCUUUGCCUUGCAGGACAUCAACAGAGACCGAAAGGAUGGCUAUGUGCUGAGCCUCAACCGAGUGAACGAUGCCUGGGAACAGAGAGAGGGUGGCCCGGGGUCUCUGUUCUAUCUCACACUGGAUGUGUUGGAGACUGGCUGCCAUGUGCUCAGCAAGAAGGCAUGGAAGGACUGUGAAGUGAGGCCCUUGCACGAAUCGGUUUAUGGUCAAUGCAAAGUGAUAUUUUAUCAUGACAGGCCACGCAGAGUCCUCUAUUUACCUGCUUAUAACUGUACUCUUCGCCCAGUUUCUCGUGAGAAGAUUAUGUGCCCUGACUGCCCAUUCCCCAUUAGCACUGAAUCUUCAAAUGUUAUGGAAGCUGUUACCGAGUCUCUUGCAAAAUACAACAAUGAGAGCACCUCCAAGCAGUAUUCUCUGGUCAAAGUCACCAGGGCUUCUACCCAGUGGGUGGUUGGCCCUGCUUACUCUGUGGAAUACUUAGUCAAGGAGUCACCGUGUAUCAAAUCCCAGGCUGGCAGCUGCUCAUUUCCAUCCUCCGACUCUGAGCCUGUUGGCCUUUGCACAGGUUCUCUGGUACGAACAGACCUGAUACUACCAGACCGGAUACUAACAUACGCAGAAAAGUUAGUCACUGUGACAUGUUACCUCUUUGAAACACAGGCUCCGACCCCUGGAGGUGAAAACUCUGCUGUUAACCAGGAACCUGAAAACCUCCCCAAGGUCCAAGGACCUCAGCAGGCAAACACAUCU